UCUCUCUCUCCCACCUUAUCCCCUCCCUUCCGGCAAAACCUCGCGGCGCGCUCCGAUGGCCGCGUCCCUCCCGCCCACCGCCGCCGCUGCGCGCCUCGCGGCCCAAGCCUUCGCCUUCCCGUCGCCCAGGCCUUCACCCGCCGCCGCCUCCGCGGCGCUCCCGCGCGCCGCCGCCGCCUUCCCCGCAAUCGCCGUCGCGGCGGCGCCCCCGCGGCCCCGGCGCGCGCGGAGGCCGGCGCCGCCCGCGGCGGGGGCCGGGGGCGAGCAGAGGGAGACGAUACUGCUCCCCGGGUGCGACUACAACCACUGGCUGAUCGUCAUGGAGUUCCCCAAGGACCCCGCGCCCACCCGCGAGCAGAUGAUCGAUACCUACCUCAACACCCUCGCCACCGUCCUCGGAAGCAUGGAGGAAGCCAAGAAGAACAUGUAUGCAUUCAGCACGACCACCUACACAGGGUUCCAGUGCACCGUUGAUGAAGAGACAUCAGAGAAGUUCAAGGGUUUGCCUGGUGUUCUUUGGGUGCUUCCCGAUUCCUACAUCGAUGUCAAAAACAAGGACUAUGGAGGUGACAAAUACAUCAAUGGUGAGAUAAUUCCCUGCACAUACCCAACCUACCAACCAAAGGAGCGGAGAACAUCAAAGUAUGAGAGCAGACGGUACGAGAGGCGAAGAGAUGGUCCCCCAGCCAACAGGAAACCAAGGCAACAGGCCCCUCAGACUGAGUCAGCAUCUUCAUGAGGCAUUUAUCCACAUAGUACUACUGAAACAAAAGAGCACGCUUAAUUCUGUCUGAUUUCUCCCCAUGUAAGGACAAGCAUGCAUAUCCAUCCUCAGCUCAAAAUAUCAGCAGUGCUGUGCAACUGACCUGCACAGAGCUUGGAUUUGGAUCACGUGGGUUGGUGCUGAUAUUUUGAGCAGACUAUGACAUCUGAGUUUGACACGGAGCGAACCUGAUUUAUCUAAAAUGCUGUUAUUCUCCCAACUCCUAGUGAACUAUCCUAGUGAUGCUUUGCAUGAUGUUGGCUGGCCUAUCUGUAUCGCGGAUCUUGUGAAAUGUGUUCCAUUUCCCCUUUGAGCUUUGUUUGAACAGUUGGUGUUUCGUGCCAUAGCGUUAUGCUUGCAAAGUCACUAUGUUCUGCUGGAGAUUGCAUAUUGGGCCAUUGAAGGAAGUGAGAGUUAUUA